AUGGAUACAUUGUGGUUGAUAGGACUUGCAGUUACAGUUGGACUGUUCCCACCGCUCAUAUGGGUGUUGAGAUCCUUCAAUGAAUGGAAAUACUGUCACCAAUAUUCAACAUCCAAAACUGCUAGAAAGCUUCCUCCGGGUCACAUGGGAUGGCCUAUCAUUGGAGAGCUGCUUGACUUCUUGUGGUGUUUCAAGUUCACCUUAAAGCCAGAUGAUUUCAUUUGGAAGAGAAGAGCCAAAUAUGGGGACACUGGAAUUUACAGAACGCACUUAUUUGGGUCACCUUCUAUCAUAACAUGUUCUCCAGAGGCCAAUAGAUUUGUGACUGCAAGGGCGAUAGAGGAUGACACUUUUGCCCCUGGCUGGCCUUCUCCCGAGUUGAUAGGGGUAAAUUCAAUUGCCAUGGUUGAAGGACUGCAACACAAACGCAUAAGACGUUAUUUGAUGGAAGCCGUCAAUAGUCCAGAGUCAUUGGCGAGGAUAUUUGUCAAAUUACAGCCGUUAUUCAAAGCAGCCCUUAAAAACUGGGCUCUCAAGGGUUCAAUCACUGCUGCUGAUGAAGCCAAUCAGUUGACAUUCCACAACAUAUGUACACUGCUAUUCAGCUAUUCAAAUGCCCCAUUAUUAGAAAAAAUGGAAAGGAUUUAUAGAGGACUUCGAGGUGGAAUCAGAGCUCAGCCCAUUAAUUUACCAGGCACUGCACUUCACCAUGCCUUGAAGUGUCGAAAGGAAUUAUCAAGUAUACUAUUGUCUGAAAUGCAUGAUAGAAGAGUGAACAAGGAGAACUCUAAAGAUGACUUCCUGCAAGUUUUGAUGGAUUCAGUGGAUUCUAAUGGUGAUAAAUUAAGUGAAGAAGAAAUUUUGGAUAACAUUGUCUCUAUAAUUUUAGGGGGAUAUGCAUCCACAGCUAACUCAAUCACUUGGGCACUUUAUUACUUAGCUAAGUACCCUGCUGUUCUUCAAAAACUUAAGGAGGAAAAUGUUUCCAUUAGAUUAAAGAAAAAAGAGGAUGAGAUUCUGACAUAUGAGGAUGUCAAGAGCAUGGAUUAUACUUCAAAGGUGAUUGAUGAAGUCAUUAGACUUGCCAACAUAUCAGCUUUUGUAUUCCGUACUGCCUCAAAGGAUGAAGAAUUUAAUGGUUAUACCAUUCCAAAAGGAUGGAAGGUCAUAGUAUGGUUACGCGCUAAUCAUGUUGAUCCUCAAUAUUAUCACAAUCCAAUGGAGUUUAACCCUGAUAGAUGGGAUGGAUUAAUAGUCAAACUGGGAGUAUACUACGUAUUUGGUGGUGGUCCUAGACUUUGUCCUGGAAACAACCUUGUUAGAAUGGAACUCUUCAUGUUUUUACAUCAAGUUUGCAUUGACUACAAGUGGGAGCUUUCAAAUCCAAAUGCAAGCAUACAUUUUUUGCCAUAUUCAAGAGCAAUAGAUGGUGUGAAAAUGACAUUUAGAGAUAUGUGA